AUGGGCUCUGAUUCUGGCGCCCAAAGCUCCAUUGAACAUGAGCUCUCCGCCGUCCUUCCGAAAAACAACCGGCCAUGGUGGAAACAACGUCACUUGCUAAAGCUCAAUCUCAGCAUUGGCUCCAUCUUGAUGUUUUCAUCGGCCAACGGCUUCGACGGCACGUUAAUGAACAGUCUCCAAGCCCUGACACAAUGGAAUGAAUUCAUGAGCCAUCCGACUGGAGCCUGGCUUGGCUUUAUAAACGCCAUCUACUGGCUGGGCGUCGGUGUUUGCUUCCCAGCAGCUGCCUUUGUCGCCAACAAAUACGGUCGCAAGCCCGGCGUCUAUGCUGGAGUCUUGUUUCUCAUCCUGGGAACCGUUCUUCAAGCCGCGGCUCACAACACCGCUGCCUUUGUUGCCGCUCGCUUCUUCAUCGGCGUAGCAGGUUCUUGGUUCGGCGCUUGCAUUCCCGUCCUCAUCAACGAAAUCGCUUAUCCCACCCACCGCGGCAUUGUCAACGCCCUCUACAACUGCGGCUGGCAUGCUGGUAGCAUCGUUGCUGCCUGGGUUUGCUUCGGUACUCGAACCAUGGAUUCCUCCUGGAGUUGGCGCCUUCCCUCACUGCUCCAGAUUGCGCUCCCCGCUCUGGCAACACCUGGUCUGAUUGCUGUUCCCGAAAGCCCCAGGUGGUUGAUCUCGAUGGGCAGAACCGACGAGGCUAGGAGCAUUCUGACGGCCUGCCACGGCGGCGGGGACGAGUCGUCUCCUCUCGUUGCCCAUGAACUCGCCUCGAUCGAAGAAGCGCUCAAGAGCGAGCAACAAGCCCUAGACACGUCGUCUUACGCAGAUAUGAUCAAGACGCCAGGAAACCGCCACCGCUUGUUCAUCAGCAUCACUCUGGGCAUCUUUGCGCAAUGGUCGGGUAACGGCGUCGUCUCAUACUACCUGGCCUUGGUGCUCUCGGCCUCGGGUAUAAAGGACUCUACAGACCAGCUCCUCAUCUCCGGAUGCAUGCAGAUCUGGAAUUUGCUCUUUUCAGUGCUUGCCGCCGUUUCCAUUGAUCGCGUGGGUAGACGAUCGCUCUUCUUAUCCUCGGCUGGUAUCAUGCUUGUCGCAUACAUUGUCAUCACCGGCCUCUCGGCAGCAUUCGAAAAAACAGGCACGGGAUCAAUCGGCCUCGCAAAUGUCUGCUUCCUGUUUGUCUUCUACGCAGGGUACGAUAUCGCGUUGACACCCCUACUCACCUCAUAUCCCACCGAGUGUUGGGGCUUUGCGCUGCGAGCGAGAGGAAAUGCCGUCACUUGGUACGCGACCGUCAUUGCAAUCUUCUUCAACACUUUCGUGAACCCAAUCGCGCUCGAUGCAAUCGGAUGGCGAUACUACAUCGUCUUCGUGGUCGUGCUCGUCCUCUACGGAAUAACGGCAUAUUUCUGUUAUCCGGAGACCAAGGGCAUGACACUUGAGCGCAUUGCGUUGAUUUUUGAUGGGGACAAUGAGGUUCCUGAGACCUUGUCUGAAAGGAGCGUGGCGGUGGACAAAGGUGGUGCGCAGAAUCAAGUCGAGGUAGUAGAGAGUAGAGAGAGCUAG